AUGGACAAGCAGAUUGAUGCGCGAUUCGAUCGCGUCGAGAGGGCGCUGGGCUCCUUGACCGACUCCAUCGCCAAGUACAACCCGUCCAUAGCCCAGGCACACGACUACAUUGCUGCCGAUGAGGAGCUUCACAAAGGCCUGGAAGAACUGCAGAUUCAUCAGACGAACCACUACCGCCUCGAGCAGCUCCGCGCUGCCACGGCCAGCCUCGAUACCCAGAUCAAGGACACCCUGCGUCUCCUCGCCAACACCCGCAAGGAGCUCAGCAAUGCGCCUGCCACUGUGUUCCCCGACGGCCCACACUACGACAUCCAGUAUGACCAACUCUUGAACUACGCGCGCAUAAUCAGCCGCACGACCAUCCCCCCAGCCGCAGCCGUCGCGGCGUUGCAGGCGCAAACCGACCUGCAAACCAACGUCGAUGUGAGCGGCCUCGAGACGGCGGCAACGACACCUGGCAUUGUCGGUACACCAGCCGCCACCCCAAAUGGUGUUCAGUCUGUCCCCGGAGGCGCGACUCCCGCCCCGGCCCAGGCCGCGCACCCUAUGGAUCCUGCAGCGCAGGGCUCAGCGGCGGAUGCCGAGCGUCACUUGCCAGGUCACAUUGUUGACCACAUCCGGUCGACUGUGCAGACCCAGUUCGUACCGUGGCCCAACGAGGAUAAUGUCCGCCACGGCUCGCUCGCAUCAAUGGCGAUCCUGAUGGAGAAGGGCAUCGAUCCGGAGAACUACGACCCGGAGGCAGAGAAGCUGCGCAAGGAGCGCGAGGAGCAGGAGCGGCGCGAGGCAGAGGAAAGAGAGCGGGUCGAGCGCGAGGAGAGAGAGCGCAGGCUUCGCGAGGAACAGGCCCGCCAGCGUGCGGAGCUCGCCCGGCAGCGCGAGAAGGAAAAUGCGGAGGGCUGGCGGCGGCAGAGCGUCAGUGCUGGUGGCAAUCCUCCCGCAUCGUCACCAGUUGGAGAGAAGAAGCAGUUCAUGUUCACAUCAUUGGACGACGAUGACGAUGAUGAUGAUUAG